GAGAACCGUGUGACGGUACACGCGAAGAAGGAGACAACGACCGAUGGUGGGAAGUGUAGUCGGGAGUUCUGUCGUAUGGUGCAGCUGCCGAAGAGUAUUGAUGAUAGUCAACUGAAAUGUCGCAUGACAGAUGUAAGUUGUUGAGCUGACGACUGUGGUUGGUGGUGGUGGUUUUGUGUGUGUUGUAUUUUCAGUUGUUUGCAUUCCGAAUCAUGUUAGAAUAGUUGGAAGUCUCGUUUCAUCUUGUUCUGUGCGUUUGUUUGUCUAUCCGUUUCAGGAUGGUGUUUUGAUGUUAGGCUCAGUGAAGGUUGAUCAGAACCAGUCGUUGACGCUGAACGAGUCUGGUCAGGUGGGUGUUCGACCGAAAUCGGACAAUCAGAUUAAGGCAGUUCCUGCGUCUCAAGCACUUGUUGCAAAAGGUGUUCAUGGUCUGUCGUAUGUGGAUGAUGGUUCAGGUGGCAAGCGAUUGCAUGUUGAGGUUCCAGUGGACCCAGUGUACAAGCCUGAAGACUUGUGUGUGAAUGUUGAUUCGAAUCGUGUUGUGGUUAGUGGACGUCAUCAUAAGCAGAAGAGUGGUCAAUAUGGAAAGUCAAGUUCAUUUGCAGAGUUCAGUCAGUCGUAUGCGAUUCCCGAGACAGUUGAUCCGUUAUCUGUUUCUGCUCAGGUAGUUGGCAAUACAUUGGUAUUGGAGGCGCCAUUGGAGAAGCAACAUGCAAUUACUCACUAGAAGAGAAUAUGUUUUACUAAACUAAUCGUUGCUUAAUGUUAAAAUAUUGAUGUGAUUUUUCUGAAUAAAUAUUUUUGAAUGCAUUCGAUCCCAUGUUAUUUAUUUCGUGAUCAGCGUAUUCAGUUGACUUGUUGAACGUUUACUUUCUGGUGUGCGGUUGGUAAGACGAUAGUUUGGUUUUGAUUUACAUGUUGUUCCUGCGUUCAGAUUCUGUGAAAUUGAUUUUCAUUGGGAUUUUCGUGACUGCAUGCUUGUUAAUGUUGUGAAUGGAGCGUGGACGUGGAGUAAUAGAUAGACGGUUGAUGAGUGUGUAGGUAUCACUUCACGACUAAAUAUUAUCAUUGCUCUUUGAGUAGACUUCUCACUAGGACUAUUCGUAAGUACCACUUCUUCCCAUUUGUAAUGAAUCAAUAAUUACUGAAGCGUAAUACGGAUUUAAAAAUGGACCUCAUUAAUAAACGCGAAUACGUUGUCACGAUCUAUAAAAUCCAGGCCAAAGAU